AUGGCCGCCCUCUUUGGCGGCCCCAGCGAUGCCGACCUCAUGAAGGACUCCAUGGCCGCCAUCCACAGCGCCGAUGUGCCUCUCGACCAGAAACUCAUCGCCUUUGACAACUUUGAGCAGCUCAUCGAGUCGCUCGAUAACGCCAACAACAUCUCCGCCCUCUCCCUCUGGACGCCCCUCCUCGACUGUCUUGUGCACGAGGAGGCCGAGAUCCGCCGCAUGGCUGCUUGGUGCGUCGGUACCGCCGUGCAGAACAACGCCCCCAGCCAGGAGAGGCUCCUUGCCAUGGGUGGCGUGCCGAGUCUCGUCGCGCUGGCGACAAAGGAGGGCGAGCAGGAGGUUGUCCGCAGAAAGGCCAUCUACGCGCUGAGCUCCGCCGUUAGGAAUUACCAGCCCGCCAUGGACGCCUGCACCGCCGAGCUUGCCAAGCAGGGCGGCUCACCGGACAAGGUGGACGCCGACAACAUGGACGCUGUGGAUGUGAUCAUGGAGGACCUCAAGGCGAAAGCCAAGGCGUGA